AUGGAGAUUACUGAAGCAAAGGAACACAUUGAGACAUAUAGAGCUGAAUUAAGAGAAUUCUACAAAUCAAUAUCGGUUAGUCUUUGUCUGGAAAAAAGAUUCAACUCUGUUUCUCAUCUUCAAUGUGAAACUGUCACUUUUAUUUUUGACUGGAAGCCUGAGGAGCAUGUACUGCAGGAUAUCAAGGGCAUUUUAUCAAAAGUAUCUGGUAAAUUACUGGUCAUCAAGUUUAUAGGAUCCUCCACUUCAAUAUGUGUCACUUGCUCCUUUCCUUUUUCUGAUGUUGGGUUUACUGUAUUGAGGAUGAUUGAGAAUAUUUAUAUACUGAUGGUACAAGGAUUAAAGAAACUGACUUUUUGUAACUUAACAUUAUGGAGGAGACAAGAUGUUAGACAAAAGGAACUAAAAGAAAAGGAUCAAGACUUACUACAACACACUGAGGUUAUUUCUUAUAUUAUACUUAAAGAAGCUGAAUAUAAACUAAGAGAUACUAUCAGUAGCAAAGAGAAGGAAACAAUUGAAUUGAAACAAGAAUUAUCAAUGGCUCAAGUAACUGAGGAAGAACAACUUUAUGAAGAGUUGACUGUAUUGAGGUCUCAGUUUAAUGAGAUACAAAAAGAAAACAAAAAAUUGUCAGACAAAUUAUCAAAAAUGAAGAUUGAAUAUUUGAGAUCACUUACUAGUAAUACUGAUUCAGCUGCUAGCAGAGUGAGAAAAGGAAUGACUUUUGAAAUUGAUGACUGCAAGUUUCAUCUUAAGGCAAUGACAAGACCAGACUAUCAGCCAUUAGUAGAUAAUAAAAGAAUAAUAGAGAAAUUACAAGAAAGAAUAACAUUAAUGAAUAUGGAACUAGUUACUGAAAGAGAACACAAUGAGAAGAUUAUAAAAGAUAUUAAAGAUCAUUUGAAAGAUAAGGAGGCUGAGAUUGAUCAUGAGUAUGAAGAGGUUGAUGGUUGUGAUAGCCUGGAGAUUGAUCAUGAGUAUGAAGAGGUUGAUGGUUGUGAUAGCCUGAGUGCUGAUGAUUAUAUUUUUAAGGAUCAAAUAUGUUCAUUGUUGUUAUAUCGUAAUAAUCCUAUUACCGGUCAAUUAACAAGGUCAAGACUUGAAGUACAUAAAAAUGAAACACUACCCACAGUACUGGAUAAAGCGUAUAAGGUUAACAUUUAUAGAGCUCUUGCAUUGAUGUAA